GAUUCUGUGAAGAUGAAAAGGGAUAUCUUAUGGUUUUACGGAAUAUAAAGCAAUAUUGUCUGUCAUGACGGCAAAAAAUGUUGGUGUGACUUCCACAAAUGGAGACUUGAAAGGAUUUAUAGAUCAGAACCAGAGUCCAACAAAAGGUAAUAUUUCAAUAAUCACAUUACCAGUUUCCAGCACCAACUCCCCAACUAAGAUUUUGCCAAAAACCUUAGGACCAAUCAAUGUGAAUGUUGGACCCCAAAUGAUCAUAAGCACAUCACAAAGACUGACCAAUUCAGGGAGUGUUCUGAUUGGGAGUCCAUAUAAUCCAGCUUCAACGAUGGUCACACAGACACACAUAACGGAAGCUUCUGGCUGGGUCCCAGGGGACAGGAAGCGGACUCGAGAAUUUAUAGAAUCAGAUUUUUCAGAAAGUAAGAGAAGCAAAAAAGGAGAUAAAAAUGGGAAGGGUCUGAGGCAUUUUUCAAUGAAAGUAUGUGAAAAAGUUCAACGUAAAGGAACAACUUCAUACAAUGAAGUCGCUGAUGAGCUGGUAUCAGAAUUCACAAAUUCUAACAGCCACCUAGCUACAGAUUCGCAGGCUUAUGAUCAGAAGAAUAUUAGACGAAGAGUUUACGAUGCCCUUAAUGUCCUGAUGGCAAUGAACAUAAUUUCAAAGGAAAAGAAGGAAAUCAGAUGGAUCGGCCUUCCUACAAACUCAGCUCAGGAAUGUCAGAAUCUAGAGAUAGAAAAACAGAAGCGGAUUGAAAGGAUAAAACAGAAGCGAGCCCAACUACAAGAACUGCUGCUGCAGCAAAUAGCAUUCAAAAACUUGGUACAAAGAAAUCGGCAAAAUGAACAACAAAAUCAAGGCCCUCCAGCUUUGAACUCAACAAUACAGCUGCCUUUCUUAAUAGUCAACACUAGCAAAAGAACAGUUAUAGACUGCAGCAUAUCAAGUGAUAAAUUUGAAUACCUCUUCAAUUUCGAUAACACUUUUGAGAUUCAUGAUGACAGUGAGGUGCUGAAGAGAAUGGGAAUGUCCUUUGGGCUUGAGGCAGGCAAAUGCUCAGCUGAGGACCUAAGAACUGCAAAAUCACUGGUGCCAAAAGCUUUAGAAGGCUACAUCACGGAUAUGUCUGCAGGAUUUUCAUGGAUAAACCAAGGGUUACUUUCAAGUUCCACACAAGCAGUUUCACAUUUAGAGGUAGCAGGAGGCACUUCCGAUGCUAAAUCAAGUGAGAAUCCAGGGUUGUGUUUGGAUGCUGAAGUGGCCUUAGCAACGGGGCAGUUUCUUGCCCCUAGCAGUCAACAGUCCAGCAGUGCAACAUCACGCUACUCUGAAUCACGGGGAGAAACUCCAUGCUCCUUCAACGAUGAAGAUGAAGAGGAUGAAGAGGAGGAUUCUUCCUCCCCAGAAUAAGGACAGUAGAAAACGGAAUAUACAAAAUGCUGCUCAUAAAUAUUCUUAAUGGGAGCUCCUGUUUGGAUUUUACUUAAGUUUCUUGCCUUGGUUUGCACUGUGUUCAGUGAAGCAAAAUGGAAGCUUCAAGACAAAUUCAUCCACAGCUGAAAUUGAAAACUUUUUGUAACUGAACACAGAGUGACGUGCAAACAGAGCGAAGUGGUUUUUAUCAACUAUAACCAAGGAAAAGAACAAAGCCCCUGGAGAUUUGGCAAAGUAAACAUCAAGUUCACAUUUUCCAUUUUGGGACAUUCUGUCUCAAGUCUCUGUCUUCCCAUUAUCUUUACCAGAUGGAGAAGAAAACAGAGUCAGUCAACAAAUGCCAGUUCUUGCAUUGUCUUUUGGCUGUGCUACCUUUAGAAAAAGGGGGAGAGAGAGCACGCGUGAAUGUGCUAAAAUAGCUAUUUAAAACUAUCUUAUAUGAAAAUUGUUCUAGGGAAAAGGGGCUGUUAGAAUGUUUGCUUUUUUCUGUUCAACUUGCUGUAUAGAAGAUUCUUAAAGUAAUAUAAAUUGCAAGUGAUUAAAUGAAUCUUGAAAUAGUUUAAAUCCAUUUUAGAUACUCUAAAAGUAACGAUAGUAUGUCUCUUUUGAAAGGUUCAUAUGUUCAUUUAUACUGCAGACCUAAUUUAUUAUAAAUAAGUGAUUAUUCUUAGCCAUUAUGAAACAGGAUAAAAACAGCAGUAUUCUCUGCACCAGCUUUUUCCAAGGAAAGAAAGUUUAAAAAUUGUAUUUCUAGAUUAUAGUGUAUCCAGUAUAGCUUCUCCUUUACUCUUCUGACUUUAUAAUCCCUGUGAUUUU